GGGCCACAGGCCUACAGUCUUUUGGUGGCUGAGCUCCCCAGGAAACGUAAGGGAGACGUGGAGGAGACAUCCACCCAUCUCAGCUCUGACCUCCAGCUGGACGACGACCUCAGCAGAUCUGAAGGAGACGAUCAGCCAGUGAAGGUCAAAUGUUUCAGGAAGCCUUACCGGCAGAUUGAGAAGCUGCGGAGAGAUAAACUGAACCAGCUGAUUGACGAGCUGUCGACCAUGAUCCCUGCCUGUCAGCCUGUCGGUCAGAGACUGGACAAACUGACCGUGCUGAGGAAGGCCGUCCAACACCUCCGAGCCCUGAGAGCAGCGUCAGGCAGCUCCUUCACAGUCGUCAGCUCCAUUCCUUCUAUCCUGUCUCCUGACGACCUCCAUGACCUUCUGCACAGUGUGUCGGACCGCUUCCUCCUGGUGGUUAGCUGUGACCGGGCCAAGAUCCUGUUCAUUUCUGAGUCUGUUUUCCAGCUGCUCCACUACAGCAGGGUGGAGCUGACGGGGCAGAGCCUCUUAGAUUUCAUCCACCACAGAGACAUCAACAAGGUGAAGGAGCAGCUGUCCUCCGCAGACCUUCCAGCUCCACCGCCUCCGUCAGAAGCAGCAGCAGGUGGCGCUGCGGUGCAGACAGACUCCUCCUUCAUGGCGUCACUGUUGUCCACUGGAGGCCGACGUUCCUUCUUCUGUCGGAUGAAGCGCGUCCACAGAAGCAGGAAGUGUGGAGUCGACCAAUCACUGCCUUCUACCUCAAAACAGAACGACUCCUACAGCUACUGCACCCUACACUGCACCGGCUACAUGAGGCUGUGGCCCAGUGGGCAGACGGACUCAGAGGACGGCAGUGAAGGAGAAGCCUCACGUCUGCCCUGUCUGGUGACGGCGUGUCGUCUCCACCCUCAGGUGUCCCACCGCCCUUCUUCCAAAGACGUCCAGGUCAAGCCCCCCGAGUUCGUCACCCGCUGUGCUAUCGACGGCAAGUUCACUUUUGUAGACCAACAGGCCACCACCGUCCUCGGGUAUCUGCCGCAGGAGCUGCUGGGCACGUCGUGUUACGAGUACUUCCACCAGGACGACCUGCAGCACCUGGCUGAGAGACACAGACAAGUUCUCCAAAGCAAAGAGAAGCUGGAGACGCGCCGCUACAGGUUCAAAACCAAACACGGCUCCUACGUCACACUCCAAAGUCACUGGUUUGGUUUUACAAACCCAUGGACCAAAGAAGUGGAGUUCAUCGUGUCUGUCAACAGGGUUGUCUGCAGGGGGCCAGCUGAGCUCAAAGAUGAUGGAGGCAGCACACAAGAAGACUCCGACCAAAUACCCAUAAUCCCCGGACUGUCCACUGAUUCGGGGACGCUGUUCUACGUGGGCAGCAUAGGGACACAAAUCGCCAACGAGCUGAUGGAUUCAUACAGGACCGGCUCCUCCCCGUCCAGUGGAGCGUCCAGUCCAUUCUGCACCGUCCAGGAGAAGUGUCCUGUAGUUCCUCUACCAACCAGCAGGAGUGCCUUCACCAGAGGGGGCGCUACAGGCAGUAUGGCAGAGUCAGAGUCUGAAUCCAGGACUGAGUCAGGACCAGGAAGAACAGAAUCUGAAAACACAGUUCUGGUUUCCGUCCCAGGUGAGUCGUCCCAGUCUCCAGACACUGGACCCAUGGUUCUACCAGGACUGAGAGACGUCACCAGCAACGACGCGGCCAUGGCUGUGAUUAUGAGUCUACUGGAGACGGACGUCAACAUGGGUCAGUCUGCAGACCUGGACCUGGACUGGCCUUUCUAGUGGGCUGACACAGUA